AUGGAUAAUCAAGCUCCAAAACCAAUGAAAAAAGGGCAUCGAAAUCUUCUCCAUAAAGUUGGAAAGAAACUGGAAAAAUUCGAACAAAGUCUUGGUCUUCAGAGCCCAAAUUUGUCGCACGGAUUUGCAUCAGCAAGCGAUUUAUCUGUACAUUCACAUCGUUCGGAUGUAAAUGAUGCCGAUGAUCAAAGUGAUACUUAUUCAGUUCAGUAUGAACAUUCGGACGCAUCACCUCGAGCUGUUCUUCAUCAUAAACAUACCAGUUCGAUUUCAUCGGAUGGGUCACGUUUGAGUGCACAAUGGCAAGCGAACAAUGACGAGUUCGAACCCAUUGCGAAGGAAUCAAGUUCGCAGUACGAUAAACAAAUGAAAAGUCUUUGCCAAGAUCUAUUGGAAGACAAAUAUGUAAAUUUCUACGAAUGCCGAGAAUAUGAUAAGAAGAUCUCUCUCUUACGCAUGGCUGUUUCAUUCAAUACACCACGGAUCACUGUCCCGGUCAUCUUGUAUCUUGAAAAUACAUUAUCGAAACCAAUCUUUUAUGAAUUACUGAAACAACAUCCAUCAGCAGUGAAAAAUUACAUUAAUAUCGCAAAACUACGACUUGGAAAUGAUCAUUAUAUCGCUAUGCUCAAAGAUUUUGAUCGAAAUGAAGAUGUAGCUAUGCUACACAUUCGACAAGCAAUUGAAACGACUGAUUCUCAUACUAAAAUGACUUUACUUGAUCAAGCUGCUAAUGAACUUCGUUCUCAUCAGUGGUGGUAUUCUCAAAUUGGUGAAUAUCAACAGUUACUUCGUGUUCAACGAGAAUUACAGAGUUCUUCGUCGUCGUCCGAGAUGAAUGUUCGUUUAGCAGACCGAAGCACGCGUGACGCGUACAAAGCGGCGUACGACGUCGACCUUCGACGACACAAAUAUCAACGGCAUGGUGAUAGAGCUACUAAUUUCCGUCGAAGUAAAGAGUUAGAAAGCACACUCAAGUUAACCGAAGAGAUGAUUUUGUGUGCGCGAUUGUCGGUAAUAACACAUUGUAGUGUGCGAACGCAUUAUGAGGACUUUGUUGAGCAAGCAACGAAACAACAUCUAUUUAGUAAAAAGUAUAUCAUUGCACCGGAGAAUUUUGCAGAGAUGGUUUACAAUUGGAUAAGAUUAAGUGGUGAAGGUCAAGAGAAGGCUAGUCAAAAGGCAGAAACGUUUUUAAAUAUGAUUUCAAAUCCAGGACGACGAAUUUAUUAUGCAGAAAAGUUUCAAAACUAUGAUGUAGCGAUGGAUACAAUUGCGAAUGUUCUGCGAGAUCGGAUGGAAUUGGAACAUUUACGUCGACGUAUACCAAAGGAUCAUCCAUCAUAUGAACGUGCCACAGCAUUAUUAGAGAGCGCAAAAUGGAAAAAUUGA